CUGUAGUCCGCCGAAAAGACAAAAAAACAAUUUGUCCCAAUGCCAAAGUGAACCCUGCUUUUAAACUUUAGUUCAAUCUCCCUGUUAAACAGAGACAGCAGUGUCUCCAGUAUGGUUCAGAGAGUGGCAGUGAUCGGCGCGGGACCUUCAGGUCUGACCAGCGUCAAAGUCUGUUUGGAUGAAGGUCUGGAGCCGACCUGCUUUGAGAGCAGCCAUGACAUUGGAGGUCUUUGGAGAUUUAAGGAGAAGCCUGAGCCUGGAAGAGCCAACAUCUAUGAGUCAGUGGUCAUCAACACCUCCAAAGAGAUGAUGUCUUUCAGCGACUUCCCUCCGCCGGCGGAGCUCCCCAACCACAUGCACCACUCUGAGGUGCUGCUGUACCUGCGCCUCUAUGUGAAGGCCUUCAAACUGCAGCGGCACAUACACUUCCAGACCACCGUGCUCCAUGUGAGGCAGACCCCAGAUUAUGCGGUGACCGGCCAGUGGGAGGUGGAGACACAGACGGGAGAGAAUCAGAGGGAGACUCAUAUUUUUGAUGCUGUGAUGGUUUGUACGGGACACUUCACCCAGCCUCACACGCCACUCAAAGACUUCCCAGGUAUGGAGAGUUUUGAAGGCAAAUGUUUUCACUCCUGGGACUACCGCAGUGCUGAGGGGAUGCAGGGGAAAAGAGUGGUGGUAAUUGGGAUUGGAAAUUCUGGAGGUGACAUUGCUGUGGACAUCAGUAGAGUUGCUGAAAAGGUGUACCUCAGUACCAGGAGCGGUGCAUGGGUUGUCAGCCGUGUUGGACAAGGGGGAUUUCCUUGUGAUCUUUUUGGGACUUCUCGAAUGGAUUUGAUGAUAUCCAAGCUUUUCCCCUCGUGGAUGAACAGGAUGCUGGAGAAGAAGCUGAACGAAGCGUUUGACCACACACUAUAUGGCCUGAAACCAAAACAUGGGUUUUUUGCACAGAUUCCACUUGUAAAUGAUGACCUGCCCGCUCGAAUCAUCUCAGGUCGUGUUCAGAUAAAACCAAACGUGAAGGAGUUAUCUGGGUCCACUGUGGUCUUUGUUGACGGGAGCGUCAUAAACAAGGUGGAUGUUGUGGUGUUUGCCACUGGGUACAACUACGGCUUCCCCUUCCUGCCCCCGGCACUGCAGGAUAAAUGUGGUUAUCGACUACAUCUCUACAAACACGUGUUUCCUCCCUCACUCACCCAUCCAACACUGGCAGUAGUGGGCUUCAUCCACGCCUUAGGGGCUAUUAACCCACUGGCUGAGAUGCAGGCUCGCUGGGCAACAAGAGUGUUUAAAGGCUUAUUAACCCUCCCCACAGAAGAGACCAUGAUGAAGGAAAUACAGAAAGAUACCGCAGCAAUGCACCAGAGCUUUAGGUGCUCCGAGCGAAACCCCCUCCAGGUGGUGUACAUUCCUUACAUGGACUCUUUGGCAGAGCAGGUAGGGGUAAAACCAAACAUACUGUGGCUCUUCCUCAGGGAUCCCAGACUGGCACUGCAGGUGUUACUGGGUCCCUGCACUCCGUACCAGUACCGUCUGACUGGGCCAGGCUGGUGGAUUGGUGCCCGUCAAGCCAUUCUCACGCAGUGGGACCGUGUGGUUCAGCCUUUCAGGUCCAGAGUGGUACCACAACCAGACCAGACCAUAGCCUGUUCUAGACUAAAGAUGAUAGGUAUUUUGUCGGGUGUCGCCCUGCUGUGCUGCGUGUGCUACAAAAAAACCCCACCUCUGCUUUUUCUUUGCUGCCAAAUAAGCAGCGUGUUUAGUUGUAACUGAUAUAAAAUAAUGUUGUGAAGUGUUGACCUUGCCAUGUAACAUCCCUUGAGAUAAUACAAGUCAUUUUAUGCUAUAAAAUGAAAUUGAAUUUUACUAAAAUGAAAAACCUCUCUCUUUUCUUAACGCAUUAGACAGAACAUGCUGUUAGAAGACGUAUACUGCAGCUGAAGUGUACAUUAAUCCUUUUUUGAAAAUUAAAGGCGUAUCUCGUUUUUGUAUAUUCA